CAAAAAAAAAAAAACCUUCAAAAAAAAAAAAAAAAAAAAGCAACCUGCCCAUUCCCGCUUUAGAAGGUGGACUUCGGGCCGGGCCGGUGACGUCAUCCCCCCCUCUCGCCCUUACCUGCUCGUUCGAGUCCCGAGGAAGCCUCGGACGCGCCUCCCGCGGCGGCAGCAGCAGCAAGCAGCAGCAGCUCAGCGCUGGGCUUCGCGCUAAUCGCUUGCAAAACUUUCGCCCUCCGCUCUCGCGGCCGCCAACGAUGUCGCUCCUGUUGGAGACGGUGGGUUUCUUCCUGAGCGUCGUCGGCUGGGCCCUGCUGGCCGUCACCCUCUUCAACAGCUACUGGAGGGUCUCUAGCGUCUCGGGCAACGUCAUCACCACCUCUACCAUCUUCGAGAACCUGUGGCAGAGUUGCGCCACCGACUCCACCGGCGUCUACAACUGCUGGGAGUUCCAAUCGCUGCUCGAACUGCCCGCAUAUCUGCAAGCUUCGCGGGCCCUCAUGAUCACUGCGCUGGUCCUGGGUUUCUUAGCGAUUAUGAGCAGCAUGCUGGGCUUACAGUGCACCAAAGUGGCCGAAAACAACCCCAAUGCGAAAGCCAAGUUGGCGGUCAUAGGAGGCAGUUUGUUCAUCCUGGCUGGUCUUUGCGGGAUGGUGACCGUUUCAUGGUACGCCUUCAAUAUCACCCGGGAUUUUUUUAACCCGCUGUUUGUUGGGACAAAAUACGAAAUUGGACCUGCCUUAUAUCUAGGCUGGAGUGCUUCCUUGCUGGUGAUCAUCGGAGGCUGCUUCCUAUUCAGUUCCUGUCGGAACAACCCAUCCCAGGACAACAGCUACACGUAUCCCUACAAAGCUCCCAAGGUUGGCAUGGCAGCUCACAACCCCUCGGUCUCUCAUCCGCGCAGAGAGUCCAACACCAGCAGUAACGGCCAGUAUGGUAAGAAUGCCUAUGUCUAACCUGGGAAAUGGUGGAUCAGGACAUCCCAUCGUUUUGGAUGCUUCCCUGGGAACGCAGAAGGCCAAAGACUCUUCCAAAAUUGACCCGACCCGUACCAAGGAAGAACUAUUUUUUAUCCUUCGGUUUCGGACUUUCUUACAUCGUGAGGAUGCUCUGAACCUAAAGAUGGACUGAAGGCAUGUUUCUGGAUCUGAUCCUGGCCAAUGCCACAUUGGGCAAAUUUAUUUAUUGCCAAGAAGUGUAUAAUGGACUUUUAAUAUACAUAUAUAUAUGUUUCUAUAGAGGUAUUCAGCAAGGAUGGAGAUUGCUUCUCAGAUUUUUGAUGCCUGUUGUUCAGAAGAAUUGAUGUUGCCACUGACCGGGAUUGAAACUCACGUUAAAUCACCUCCUGUGGUUUGUCACUCAAGGGGAGACAUGAAUGUACUGUGUGUGUGAGACAACUGAUCCAUGCUUGGAGGACAUCACAACUGGAGGCCUACUCCUAAUUCACAAUUCUAAAAUAAUCCUAAUAGUGUGGAGAUUAAACCUCCCAAUUGGGUGUAUAGGUUUCCCUCAAGUCAACACUCCUAACCGAUGGAGAUGCUAAAUUGUGUGUGAAUGUGUGUGUGUGUGUGUGUGAAACCUUUUUAGGGGAAAAUGGAAGUCAACCGUUGGAUCGAAUGAGACUGUUAUUACGAUUGCCUGAAAAAAAAAUCUCCUCAGCACAGGAGCCAAGCAUCCAGGAAGACCUUAAAUUUUGAAAAACAUGCCAUGUUCACAACCCUAGCAACUUUAUGUUGUGUGGACUUCAGUUUCAAGAAUAGCUGACUGGGGGAAUUCUGGGAGCUGAAGUCCACACAUCUUCAAGUUGUCAAGGUUGAGACGCAUUGGGGAUAUGGCUUAUUCUGAUUCGUUGUCUUCUGAGAAUUGACUGUCCUGUGUUGGAGCACUUCAACCUAUGGAUAUUGUGGUAACCCACCUUUCCCCAAAAAGUAACGUUCAGGAUGGAGUUUAGCAGCCGGUCAUCUGCUAACUCCAUGUAUCUGGAGAGCAAGUUUGAGAUCUUUAGAAGAAAAAUGGACCUGGGUAAUUGGUUUCUGUUUCUUCAAGGACAGGGCAGGGGUGAAAUCCAGCAGGUUCUGACAGGUUCUGGAGAACCGGUAGCAGAAAUUUUGAGCAGUUCGGAGAAGCAGUAGUGGAAAUUUUGAGUAGUUCGGAGAACCAGUAGUGGAAAUUUUGAGCAAGUUCGGAGAAGCGGUAGCGGAAAUUUUGAGCAGUUCGGAGAGCCUGGAUAGCUCAACAGACUAAAAGCCUGUUAUUAACAUUCAGCUGUCUGCAAUUAUUGCAAGUUCGAAUCUCCCCAGGCUCAAGGUUGACUCAGCCUUCCAUCCUUUCUAAGGUAGGUAAAUUGAGGACCCAGUUUGUGGGGGCAAUAAGCUGACUUUGUAUAAAAUAUACAAAAGUAUGAAGGCUAUUGCUUAACGCAUUGUAAGCCACCCUGAGUCUCCGGAGAAGGGCGGCAUAUAAAUCUAAUUUAAAAAAAAAAAAAAAACGGUAGCGGAAAUUUCGAGUAGUUCGGAGAACUGGCAAAAACCACCUCUGGCUGGCCCCAGAGUGGGGUGGGAAUGGAGAUUUUGCAGUAUCCUUCCCCUGGAGUGGGGAGGGAAUGGGGAUUUUACAGUAUCAUUCCCCUGGAGUGGGGUGGAAAUGGAGAUUUUGCAGUAUCCUUCCCCUGCCACGCCCACCAAGUCACACCCAUAGAACCGGUAGUAAAAAAAAUUGGAUUUCACCACUGGGACAGGGAUGUCAAACACAAGGCCCGUGGGCCGGAUCUGGCCUGCGAGGUGGUCGGAUCCAGCUUGCGGGGCCAUCCUGGAAAAUUUGAGGGGCCGGCCUAUGUCGCUUCAGCCCGGUCUACCCAAUGCGAAGAGGCAACAUCGGGUCAGCUGUUUGGGGGAGUGGCGUUAAGCUGGCCAGGCCCACCCAGUUGGCCACACCCACCUAGUUGGCCACGCCACCCCUGAGGUCAACCACAGCCCUAAUGCGGCCCUCAAUGAAAUUGAGUUUGACACCCUUGUUCAAGAAGGAAAUGAAAGUACAGUCAAGAGAAAGAGGGAAUCCUUCCCAUUCUGAGAUCUGACAGACUUUCAAAUACUUCAUAGGUUUCUUAAUUAACCCUUAACAACUUAAGACAUGGGGACUUCCACUCCCAGAAUUCCCUACCCAGAGGGAUUCUGGGAAUUGAAGUCCACCCAUCUUCAACGGUACAGCUUGAGAAACGCUGGUUUAUAGGAUUCAUCCUUUAGAUUUAUUAUUGCACAAGAAAGUUAAGAAGGAAGCAGAACAGGAGUUUUAGCUAUUUAUUUUUGGGCUAAGUACUGAUCAAAUGGAAGAAACUGAGCAAAGAGUGAUCUGGCUUCCUUCCUACCUGCCCAAGUAUUGGAACGACACGAGGACAUUUUGAACGGUGUCGCGUCUUGGAACUACAAGCUUCUCCUUCCUGCCCAGCUGGCUGCUGUGGAGUACAACUCAAAAAGUUUAUUGUCGUAUGUUUUUAAAAAAGAAAGAAGUAAACAUGUCUGUGACCUGUUUUGUAUAAAGACACACUGUUUGCAACUGCA